CUGAUUUGUUUUUCUUUGCUGGAUAAAGAUAGCUUUCCCAGAGUUAAUUUUAUCGGAGUGAACGGUGUUUUUUUUUUUAAACAAACACCAGUCGAUUCAAGACACCAAUCACAUCUAGUGUGAAUGGCCCGUCUUCUGCCUGAUCUCGCCUCCUUCCUGUCCUCGAUUCUCCCCCCCGGCUUCGCCUUGGGCCCUUCGCUGCUGCGUGAAGGCAGCGUGGGGCUUUGGUGGGUCGGUCGCCCGCUGGAGGCCGGAGCCCCGCUGGGGACGGAGGGCGAGGCCCAGCGGGUCAGCAGGACGCGUUCAGACCCGCUGAGCAAUUCCUGUGAAAACGACCAAUCAGGAGCUGCUUGUUCUGAGGAUGAGAAGGUGCUGAUGGGCGGAUCAACCACUCAGGAAGCUCCUGUCCAAAGAGCCACAUGGUUCAACUUUGCCUGCCAGGCGCAGUGCAGGGCCCAGCAGAACGUGGCGGUCCGGUGCGCCUGCAGAGGGGUGUGUGACGGUGUGUGUGUGGGUGUGUGUGUGCGCGCGUGUCAGGACAUCCAUCCGGGAACGGAGCUGCUGGUGUUCGAUGAGGCGGUGGGAAAAGGUCAACCAGAUACGAAUCUGAAGCUGAAGACAGAGAGCAACAAAAUAAACACUCUGGGAGAGGAAAAGCUCAAAGAGAAGAAGAAAACUCUGCAGGAUGAGGAAGAUCAUUGCAGACAAACCCCCAGUGUCAUCAAGCCUCGUCCUCGUCAGAGGAGGAUGAAAACCGUCCCAUGUGAUCCCAACUCAGACCGUGAGAACGAGCAGGAGGGGUUGACAGACAAACCAAACCUUCCUGCUCCUCCGCCUGUUCGCUCCAGCUCCCGUCUGGCUGCUAAACCGCGGCGGUUUCACUGCAUGUCCGCCGGAUCGAGGCGCCACCCUGCGUCCGAACCGUCCAAACUGACUGAGGGACAAAGCAAACACUCGGCCGAGGCGCCUGAGGUUUCCCCGGCCGCCGGCCGGCAGCCAGAGGUCAGAGAGAGACGGUACCGGUGCUCCAGCUGCGGGAAAAGGUUCUACCAGCUUGGUCACCUCCGGAAACACCAGUUCAGCCACACAGAUGAAAAACCCUUCCGCUGUCGAGACUGUGGGAAAAACUAUACCUCAUCGGAAAGUUUCAGAGCCCAUCAGUUGAGUCACAGAGGUGAGCGGCCAUUUUCCUGUCCUCACUGUGAAAAGACUUACGGCCUGAAGCGGGACCUGAAGGAGCACCUGGUCCUGCACACCGGAGAGAAACCCUACACCUGUGAGAACUGUGGGAAAUCCUUCGCACGGCGCCCCUCGCUGCGCGUUCACCGCCUGCUGCACUGCAGCAGGAAGGUCUACAUGCUGUCGCCAAAGGUGCAGUGCUCCGUCUGCUCCAAGCAGCUGGCCAACCCCAAUUCCCUGAGGAACCACAUGAAGCUGCACACCGGGGAGAAGCCGCACAUCUGCCAGCACUGUGGGAAGCGCUUCAGUCAGAAAGGGAACCUGGAGAGCCAUCUGAGGGUCCACAGCGGGGAGAAACCCUUUCACUGCCCUGAGUGCCUGCAGACUUUCACUCAGAAGUCGGAUCUCCAGCGGCACAUGUUCAGCCACACUGAGGGAGGCUUUCUUUGUAGCUACUGUGGGAAAUCUCUGAGGGACCCCCACAGUCUGAGAUACCAUGAGCGGCUGCACACCGGAGAGAGACCCCAUCGCUGCUCAAUCUGUGGCAAAGGCUACACGAUGGCAACCAAACUGAGGAGACACAUGAGGUCUUCCCACCUGAAGGAGAAACCGUACAGUUGCUCCUGCGGCGCCUCGUACACCUUGAAGCAGAGUCUGCUUCGGCACGAGGCUCAGCACCGGCCCAAGACAGAGGAACCGAGCAAAGCAGGUCCAAAGGAACCGGUGGCUUUGGGCUGCAGCCACCUGAAACCGACCCGAGGAAGACCGAGGAAGACUGGGCUUCAUCUGGAGACCAGAGGAAAGGAUGAAGCACGGGAAAAAGAUGAGAAAGUUAUGAAAACGUCAGAGGCUUCAGGCGACAUCCAGCACACCGUCAUUUACGUCCAGACAGACGAGCCGCCUGCAGGGGCGCAGCCGGAGCUGGUGGAGGUGGUGCUGGCUGACGGCGCGGAGCAAUGCAUUCUGGUCCAGGGGCAGCAGCGGCUGGGAGAGCUGCUGAUCCUGCAGGAGGAGCCGGACGGACUCUGCAGCGUGGCGGAGACCGUUGAAAUAGACACAAUGUAACCUGAAGCCGGAGGACGCCGAUGAUCAAUCAGGUGAUUGAUUAAUGAGAUCCACCUUCCAUCAGCCGACCUUGUCUGCAUUUAACCUCCCUUAUUAGGGAAAAUUGUCUUUGAGCAACCUCCAUACAACAGAUGGGAAUAAAUUAAAGCUGAUUAACUGCUGAUUAUUCAGAAAAAUACUCAGUUUUCAUUAACUUUGUGCUGUUUUUGCUUUCAAAGAGGCAGUGUUAUGUUAAACUGACGUUUUUGAUGUUAAUCCCUCAUCAGAAACACCUGGAGUGUUGACACGGUUCUUCCAUCCAUGUUUGAGAAGCAAUUUAAUUUCCAUGGCAACUAGUUGCAGCUCCUCCGGACUCAGCUCCUUCAGACUAGCCAGCAGCAAUUAGCAAACACCUGGUGGAACCGCUGAGCUCAUCAUAGGAGCUGCUGCUCAGAGCCACGCUGGUAAAAAUGUUGUUGAUGGUUUAAUAGAGGAGCCAUGUUGAUGACUUCCUGGAGGCGGAGUUUCUCAAAGAGCUCCUGGCCCAAGUUCAAGAUGAUUAAUCAGGAAGUGAAAUUUAUUAGUUAUAUUUGAUAUAUUUAGCAUUUUUAUAACUGCUGAAGGUAACAUUAUUAGAUGAUUACACUAUACAGCGAUUCUGUGUGCCUGGAAAGUGCAUAAUACCGCCCCUUUAACACAUUUUCAAGGGCUUAAAGCUGCAGUAUAUGACUUUUAUUAAAAAAAAAUAUUUUUAAAUACAUUUAUUUAAAUUAUUAUUAUAUCAGUAUAAAAUUUAUAAAAUUAUUUGUUCAGAAAUAAUCAGUCAGAGCCAGGAGGGUUUUAACGCUCUCAUGUUCAUCCCUCCCACUUGCUCUCUGCUAAGCUAAAGCUAACCACAGCAUAUACUGCCAUGAAUGCUAAGGCUAGUUAGCAUGGCCACCAGUGAAACCAAUGGAAAUGAAUUUGCUUUGCUGCACUGAGGGCGAAAACGGGUCUUUGUGUUUGUAAAGGUUGCAAAGUGUUUUACACCAUAAAAACAUCAAAAAGCUUCACAUGUUAAGUUCUGUCAUCAAAUUUAUCAAUAUACAUCAAAUAUAUUGAUCAGUGUUCCAGUUAUCAUGAGUCAGAGGGACUCUAACUGGUGGGGGUUUAGCCUUCAGUUUAGCCCGUGUUUCCACUGUUUUGCAGUUUUCUGUAAGUUUGUUCCAGAUUAAUGGAGCAUAAAAUUGUCUGGAUAUUUCUGGGAGUUUUUUAAUGUUCUUCAGGUGAUAGAAGGCCGACUUUGUAGAUUCAUUUAUGUGUUUCUGGAGGUUCAGGUCUGAAUUUUAAAACUCAAGUAUUUUAUGUAAUUUGUUUCUCACCAGGAGAACAAAGUGGUGCCGGUCAGAUGUCCAAACAUUUUGUGCCAAAUAAUAAGAAUAGAACAUUUUUAUUACUUUUUAAUAAUACUUGUGUCUAUUUUUUACAACAAAACCAGAAUUUGGAUCACUAUUUCUUUUUAAAACAUUAGUUGUGUUUUGUUGUGGAAGGUGCAACCUCAUCUUAAAGAUUAUGAACAUUUGUCAAAAAGAGAGCAGAAAGCAUUAUUUCUAAUAGAUAAAAACCUUUUCUUGUUUCUAACAUUUUUCAUCUCAAGAGUAAAAAUGAGUGGCAACACUUUUACAGUUUUGUUCAUAGAUGUUUUCCAUCCAAUCAAACUGAGUUUGAUCUAAUUUGAAAAGAGGAAAGGACUAAAAACUUCAGUCUAGAUGUUUGAAGGAGGUGGAGACAAAGUUCAACUGGGGACAUAAGAACAUAAACAUUUGUAUGAAAUAAAAUUCAAACAAAAUACUGAGACAUUUGUGGUUUCAAAGUAAAAAUUUGACAAUGAAUAAUUUAAGGCUGAAUGUUUGGUUUAUUUUUAAAUAAACCUUUGAUUGCUUUAUUUAGUCGUCAGAAACUUACUGUCAAAAAUAAACGGGCCUAAAAUAAAUUUAAAAAGACGUCAGUAAUGUUCACAUCUCCUCACCUCAGAAAAGCCAAGCAGAUGGAAAUCUUUUAUCAGAUCUAGAUCACACAUUUCACAACUUCUGCAUCAAAACCUUUUUAGUAAAUGUGAAAAUAUCUCGUUGUGAUCUGCAGCGUGAAUCCUCUUCCUGCGGCACGAUGACAAACACUCAGAAAGCUCUCCACCCUGAAGGACUCUGACUGCAGGGAGAAACCUGUAAUUAAAUGCCAGUCGUGUUCAGGAGGACCUUGUUUGGAUCUGCAAUGGAUUUCAUGUGCUGCAUAAUAAAGAGCCCAGGAAGUGUUACUUCUGUUGCACCAAAAUGCAUGAGUAGAAGUUGAAAAAAGGAUCGCUCAAGGAUAUUGUUCAUUGAAAAUAAAAUAAUGGAAAUCAAAAGAAGCUGCAGACAUCAGGUCCCUACCGGGUUUUAAGGCAUUCGCCAUGUAAUUUCUCUGUUUGGAGGCGGAAGCUGCAGUUCAUCUCUCCAGAGUCAGCUCUCACGGGAAAUAUCGCCAGUAAAACUAAGAAGCAGCCAGGCAGAACGUAAAAUCAUUAAAAGAAGCAUCAUUUAAAUUCAAGCCAUUCUGGACCCAACUACUAGAAAACUGCAAAACAGCCGAAACACCGAGUUUCUUUAAAUCAAAACUAAAAACCCACAUGUUUGGAAUUGCUUUUAGAUAGUAAUACAUGGAAAAUUGACCAACAUAUUUGAUCCACAUCGAUGAGUUUAAUGAUGACACUUGACAAAAAUGUACACUGCAAAAACCCAAAAUCUUACCAAAUAUCUUUGUACAAUUGAAAUAAGACAAAAAUAACUUUAAAAUCACUUCACCAGAUAUAACUGCUUGUUUCAAGCCAAUAAUUCCAGAAUAUUAAUGAAAAAGUUCCAUUUUCAUCGGCACUAAUAACAUGAGGAAAACAUCUUGAUAUAAGUGAAAUAAUCUUACGAUUGGAACGAAAUGUUUUUCAUCAAUAUAAAGGAACUAUUGAGUUAAAACAAACU